GUCACUGAUCAGCGAAAUAUGCUUGCAAACCUGCUGAAUCCGAUUCUGGAGUUGUUGAUCCAACCAGGAGAGCGGCCCCUGCAGGCAAAGAUAUCCAUCUAUAGCAGUGCCAGAGUGUGUUUAAGAAGUGCGUAUGUUGUAGAGGAAACCAAGGAUCCGAAUGAGAAGAAUGCAGAUUGGUUGACAAGUGGUCUAGUAGUUGGUGAAGCGAGCACAGAUCCGAUUUUGGAAGUUCUUAGCAGCAAAGCUCAUGAACUGAGCCAGUGCAUUGCCAGGGACAUUGUGGAUCUGCCUCAGGAACACAAGAUAUUUUUCCCUAUUUUUAUCCGUCAUUUGGUCUACAAAAUUCAUAUUCUUCCUCCUUAUUAA